AUGCUCCGCAAAAAGGAGACCAUGACCAUCAUCACGCCCAUCCCGGGCUUUAUCCCGCGCCAGCUGGCCAUCGACAUGCUCCACUCCCACAGCGAAGUCAUCACCGUCAACCCGCUCGUCCUCAGCCACAAGCCCAUCUCGGCCCCGCGCAACGCCGCCGCCGACGAGUACUACUCGACGUGGUACGAGAUCACCGAGCGCAUCCAGUACGUCCCCGGCAUGGGCAAGAUCGGCUCCGGCAAGAUCUCCUUCAACGGCUGCUUCCACGACAUGCCCUGGGGCCUGCAGACGCACAUCUACGCGCCCAUGAGCGUCGACAUGCGCAACCGCUACCGCGUCCAGGGCAACCAGCCCGGCAUCGAAGCCCCCGAGGCCUCGGAGAUUGGCCUGGAGGAGCUGGGCGCGCCCAAGGACGGCCUGUACCUGCGCGAGGACAUUGAGAUCAAGUGCAACAUCACCAUGAUGGGCUUUGUCAAGGCCGAGGUAAAGAAGGCCAGCAAAGAGAUGAUUGGGCGCAUAAUCAAGAAGGCUGAGCUGCUGGACGCUGGCAUCCUCAAGGCCAUGUUCCAGGACGGAAGACUCAAGACCCUCAACCCGGCCGACCGGUCGAACACCAUGACCCAGACCCUUCUGCACCGCCAGACGAUGCAGCCCGACGCCUUCUCCCCCGGCGGCGUUCCUCCGGGAAGCCCCGGCCUGGUGUACCAGCAGCCGCAGCAGUCGCCACAGUUCCCCCAGUACUCGCGGCCCGGCAGCUCGUCUCAAUACCCUCAGAACCCUCAGAACGCGUACCAGGUGCAGCCGACGCCGCCUCCCCAGCUCCAGUACGGCGGCCCGCCGGUGCCGCCGAAGACAGGACCUCCGCAGACCUUCGCCAUGGAGCUCCCGGGCGACUACUACCACCCGGCCUCGUCGCGAUCCCCAAGCCUGUAUCAAGCACAGCCCAGCCCCGGCCAGCCCAACAUCUAUCGCCACUCGUCCACGUCGCAAGGAUCGGAUCCUCGAUGGUCACACCCUCAACCCAGCCCUGGGCUGUCGGACAACCAGAGGGCCAGCAUGUACUCCAUCGCCAGCACCCCGCCGCCGCCGGGUUACACCAACCCGGGAGUCGGCCAACAGACUUUUACGGCGGAACUAGCCGCCCACAACGAGACGGCCGAGGAGUACCGGGCGGGCCAAAAGUACUAA